AUUAAUUCUUAUCUAAAUGGUAUUAUUGUGAUGUAAUAACUUAGCCAUCCGCCUAAACUAUGAAAUUAAGAAAUAAGAUUAAUAGAAACAAUAUCAAUAAACAAGGUAAAGUACCAAAAUCUUUAAUGGUAAUUAUUUAUAUUUAUUUAAGAAAACUGAGGAAGCUGCAGCAAUGGGCCCUAUACUUUUAGGAGUAUUUCUUUUUGUAGUUGUUGGAUCAGGUAUUUAAUUUUAAUAUACUUAGCUCUCUUCUAAAUUUUGAAUGUCCUAUCCAAUGGUAAUGAGCUAUGAUUUCAUUAGUGAUAAUAAUAAUAGUUUAUUUAUUAUUCAACUAUAAG